AUGAAGAAGUUUCUCUUACUAAUGAGCCUUUAUCUGCUCGGAUAUGCCAGAGGUGAGUCCUCCACCUGGGCUUUGGUCUCCUGGUCCAUGGAUCACCAAGCUUCAGUGUGGUAAUUUUCAGGUGAGCACGCUGCCGGUGAGCACGUUUCUGGUGAACAACCUUCAGGUGAACAGCCUUUGGGUGAACAGCCUUCUGGUGAACAGUCUUCAGUUGAACAGGCUUCAGGUGAACUGUCUUCAAGUGAACAGCCUUCAGGUGAACAGGCUUCAGUUGAACAGCCUUCAGGUGAAAAGCCACUGGGUGAACAGCCUUCAGGCAGUCCAUCAACAAGCACAUUUUCAGGCCCCGUAUUAAAUUGCCACACAUGCUCCUUUAUGAACGAUCAAGGAAAAUGUCUUCGUGGAGAAGGAGUAUGCUCCACUCAGAAUUCCCAGCAGUGCAUGUUAAAGAAGAUAUUUGAAGGUGGAAAACUCCAAUUCAUGGUUCAGGGGUGUGAGAACAUGUGCCCAUCUAUGAACCUCUUCUCCCACGGAACCAGGAUGCAAAUUAUAUGCUGUCAGAAUGAGUCAUUCUGCAACAAGAUCUAG